AUGUCAUUUCUAUUCAAAAGGAAUCCAAGAACUCCCCAAGAGUUAAUCAAGAAUUUGAAUGAAUCCAUCGAAAAAAUUGAUUUAUCCAAUGAUAACCACAGAAAAUAUCAAGAUGAAUGUUCUAAAUAUUUAAAACAAAUCAAAAUUAUACUACACGGUGAUGAUGAAAUUGAACCUCAACCUGAUCAGAUAACAUUAUUGGCACAAGAGAUAUAUCAAACAGAUUGUCUAUAUUAUUUAACCAAAUAUUUAUCCAAUCUUGAUUUUGAUAGUAGAAAAGAUGUAGCAAUUUUAUUCCUGACAUUGUUAAGAAGGAAAAUAAGCAAUAAAUCACCAACAGUUGAUUAUUUGAUUUCAAAGAAUGAAAUUUUGAUCUUGUUAAUGAAAAAUCAAGAAGUGCAAGAAAUUGGAUUAAUUUGUGGUUCAAUAUUAAGAGAUUGUAUAAAAUUCGAAAUCAUAAAUGAUUUCAUUUUGAAUAAUAAAUACUUCUGGAAUUAUUUCAAUUAUGUACAAAAUGAAAUCUUUGAAAUAGCCACCGAUUCAUUUACAACAUUACAUGACUUAUUGACCAUUCAUAAGAAAUUGGUAUCAGAAUUUUUAGCAGAUAAUUACGAUUAUUUUACUAAGAACAUAAAUAAAUUAAUUCAACUGAAGAAUUAUGUUACUAAAAGACAAAGCAUAAGAUUGUUAAGUGAAAUAGUAUUGACAAGAUCAAACCAAUUCUUCUUGAAUAAGUAUUUUGACGAUACUAUUAACUUAAAAUUGAUUAUGAUGUUAUUAAGUGAUAAACUGAAAAAUCUACAAAUUGAAGGAUUUCAUAUAUUCAAAUUUUUCAUUGCUAAACCAAAAAAAUCCCAGAAGAUUUUAGAUAUUCUAAUAAAGAAUAAAGAUAACUUCAUUGAAUUUUUUGAAAAAUUCGAUUUAUCAAGUUUCAACGAUUCAAAUUCCAUCGAUGAAAAGGAUUACAUUUUAAAUGAAAUUAAAAAAUUACCUGAUAUCGAAAGAUUAUAG